ACGGAAGCGUUUGAAAGGUAAAGAUGGCUACGCAACCUCAUAGCAAAAAAAGAGUAUGCUACUAUUAUGACGGUGACAUUGGGAAUUACUACUAUGGCCAAGGACAUCCCAUGAAACCUCACAGGAUACGUAUGACCCACAACCUCAUCCUCAAUUAUGGACUCUACAGGAAAAUGGAAAUUUAUAGACCCCACAAAGCCACACAAGAAGAGAUGACCAAGUUCCAUAGUGAUGACUACAUCAAGUUUCUGAGGAGUAUCCGACCAGAUAACAUGUCGGAGUACAACAAACAGAUGCAACGCUUCAAUGUCGGUGAGGAUUGUCCUGUGUUUGAUGGCAUGUAUGAGUUUUGUCAGCUAUCUACUGGAGGGUCUGUAGCCGGGGCAGUCAAACUGAACAAGCAGGCAUCUGACAUUGCUAUUAAUUGGGCUGGAGGUCUUCAUCAUGCAAAGAAGUCAGAAGCUUCCGGAUUCUGUUACGUCAAUGAUAUCGUCCUGGCUAUCCUAGAACUUCUCAAAUACCAUCAGAGAGUGUUAUAUGUGGAUAUUGACAUUCAUCAUGGUGAUGGUGUAGAGGAAGCCUUCUAUACGACAGACCGUGUCAUGACUGUCUCAUUUCACAAGUACGGGGAAUACUUUCCAGGCACUGGUGAUCUCAGGGAUAUCGGUGCUGGCAAGGGGAAAUACUAUGCAGUGAACUUCCCUCUACGAGAUGGCAUAGAUGAUGAAUCCUACGAGUCGAUAUUCAAACCAGUGAUGACCAAAGUGAUGGAGAUGUACCAGCCCAGUGCUGUGGUGUUACAAUGUGGAGCUGACUCUUUGUCUGGUGAUAGGCUUGGCUGCUUCAACCUCACCCUAAAAGGUCAUGGGAAAUGUGCUGAGUUCAUGAAGAAAUGGAACUUGCCUCUGUUAUUGUUGGGAGGUGGUGGUUACACUAUUCGAAAUGUAGCCCGCUGUUGGACCUACGAAACAUCUAUAGCUCUAGGAGUAGAGAUAGCCAAUGAAUUACCGUACAAUGAUUACUUUGAGUAUUAUGGACCCGACUUCAAACUCCACAUCAGCCCAUCUAACAUGGCCAAUCAAAAUACAGGAGAAUAUAUGGACAAAAUCAAAACAAGGUUAUUUGAAAACUUGAGGAUGUUGCCUCAUGCUCCUGGAGUCCAAAUGUCAGCUAUUCCUGAAGAUGCUCUGAAUGAUGAAAGUGAUGAUGAAGACAAAGAAAAUCCAGAUACCCGUGUCUCCAUCAGAGCCAAUGAUAAAAGGAUUGCUUGUGAUGAGGAAUUUUCUGACAGUGAAGAUGAAGGAGAAGGAAAGCGUGACCGACAGAACUACAAACCGAAGAUCAAACGGCCUCGUACUGAUGAUGAAAAGAAGGAAGGAGAGAAAGAUGCCAAAGAGCCUAAAAAGGAUUCUCCUGCUGAGAACAAAGAAGAGCCUGCUAAAGCAGUGACUGAAAAGAAUGAGGAAAAGACGGAGGCAUCUGAAAAGAAAGAGUCUGCGACACCUCCAAGUAAACCUGAACAGCCAGCGGAGACAAAAGAAGAUACAACAGCUGCUUCUAAGAUGGAGCAUUGACCAGUCACGAACUAGCUCCAACAUGUUACACACUAUACCAGCCUGAGACAUGUGUUCCACAACUGGUGGUCAAGUCACCAGGAAACCAAAGUGUUCUCGACCAUGACACGAUGAUGAAGAUCCACAGAUACUGUUGUGUUAUUUGAGAUUCAGCUAAAUGAUGUUAACUUCAGAUAACUUGAUGUGGUAUGCUCUGCAUAUUAAACUUAUCCUAAUACAACCCUCUAGGAUUUGGACCGAGUAGUGACCUAUAAUAUUUGGGCGAGUGUAUGAGGAUAUGUUAGCGAGUGUACUGAUAGCUGAAGAUUUUGUCAGUUAUUUGAUGUUUGGUAUCAGUGUCAGGAAUAUUUAAAUUCCUCACAUUCCAUGGACAUUGUUAGCUGUUUCUACUGCAGAUAUUCAUUACUUGUCAGCUUUACAGCAAAUGUUUCAUUACCACUGAUAAAAUGCAAGAUUAUUUUUCUGUGAAAAGAAUGUAUUCAUUGAUGUUACGGACAAAAUUCAUUAAUCAUUUUUCAUGCACAUUACAUGCUUUACUGCCAGUGCUUUAUCUGUACAGAUCGCUUGUGUUAUAGUCUGUCAGAAGGAAUCAUCUUUGUCCUCAGAUCUGUUUAACCAUGAAAUAAAUAGUGAUUGACUGACUGACUUUAGAUUUAUCACUAUAAUACCAGUAAUGGCCAUUUGGAGGUUGAAUCUUCUGUCAUGUAUAUAAGUUAUUUAUUGAUGUUUUUAGAACGUAGAGAAGGUUGCAAGGACAAAAGCAAUUCAUAUAACUACAUCAUGCUCAUCAUUACUGUUUUGUCAAAUAAUGAUACAAAUUUUUAAUUCUGACUUUCUGAAACCCAAGUCAGUAAAUGAGAUUAAUCAGCAAGUUGAACUAUGAGUAAGACAUACAAGAUGUGUCUAGUAUUUUGAUAUGAAUUAUUCCUGUUGAUUUCAGGACAGGAAAAUCUUUGAUGGUAGAAAUGAUUAGUCACAAUAAUGACAUGGUUGUGUUUCUCCACCAUUAAAAUUGUUCUUAAACUUA